AUGGCAUCACGGGAAGCGAUAAACAAAGUGAGAAUAGGGAAGACGACGACGUACCGGAAGGGCACCGAUACGGAGCUGCUUGCCUUCGGAAGCGAAGCGGCGAUGGCGGCCAAGUUGCUCGUUUUGGGAGACGGCGGCGGCGGCAGGCGGCAGGUCUUCCGCGCCGGGCGGCUCUCCGUGCACAUGAUCCGGCUGGCGUCUUCCCCCGUGUGCUUGGUCAGCUGCAUGGUCGGGGAUCACCAGUGGACGCUGGCAAGGGACGCGGUCGUCCUCCGGGCAGCUCCGAGCAGGUACGCCUUCGCCAUGCCGGGAUUCUGCUACGGCCUUUCGCUCCCCUGCUCCGGCGGCGCCUACGAGCACGAGUGCUGCCGAACGCUGGAGGAGAUGCUUCUCCGGUUUUGCGCCUUCCGGUGCCUCGAAGCGUGCGGAGGUGAUCAAUCAGGUGAUGUUUGGGCUCGUGCCUACGAGGAGAUCAAGAAGCUCACCUAUGCUACUGUCACCGUCGAUCCAAGCAGCAGUCGCGAGGGCCUGGACUCGAUCCAACUGGCGGUGAGGACGUCGGCGGUGGUGAAGCUGCUCUCUCGUUCCCUCCUGACCGGCGCUCUCGACCCGCGGAAGCAUCUCGACCUGACCGCCGGCACCUCCCUCCCCAGCGGGCAGAUCAUAGCCGACCUUCUGGAUGUGGUUGAGACGGGGUGGCGACGGGAGCCGUCGACGCCACCAACGGCGGCGACCCCCAGUGGGCUCUGGUGCAUUAACGCAGAGGGGCUGAAGCUGCUGCUGGUGGUACUUUCGGCGUGCAGCACCGCGGAGAAGAGAAAAAGGCAGCAGCUAGAGACGCCGAAUGAGGAGGAGGAAGAACCGGAGGAGGCGGGAGGCGACGAGGAUGCAGGGGAGAAAGGCGGAGGCGGAGGAAGUAGUGCCGCUACUCCUUCGAGGUGCAUCAGCGGAGGAGCAAGGGUGGAGAAGGAAAUGGAUGUUUACUGA